AUGAAAAAAACGAUAACUGCAGAGCAGAUAACGGAGUGGUUUACUAUAGGCACCCAGUUUGCUAACGUCAGAAUUACAGAUGAAGCACCCAAAGAGACCAAGGAGACAGAGGAGAGAGCAGAAACUAGAUCUCCUGGCAAGGAGGCGGCGAGCCCAAAGACAGACAAGCCGGGUGUGUGCGUGAGGUCCAAACACGGAUGGGGAGACCAUGCUGGGAGCACCCAGCCCCCGCCCCCACUGGCAACCUACGAGUACCCCAGCCUGCCCAUCACCAAGUACCGACAAGAGCUCAUCUCCCUGAUUGAGAACAACUCGGUCGUGAUCAUCCGCGGGGCCACGGGCAGCGGGAAGACCACCCAGCUGCCCCAGUUCAUCCUGGACUACUACAGCGAGAAGGACGUGCCCUGCAACGUGGUGGUCACCCAGCCGCGCAAGAUCGGCGCCAGCAGCAUCGCCCGCUGGGUCGCCCGCGAGCGCAAGUGCACCCUGGGUAGCCUGGUGGGGUACCAGGUGGGUCUGGAGAAGGUCGCCACCGAACACACCAGACUCCUGUACAUGACGACCGGAGUCCUGCUGCAGAAGUUGGUCAGGGCCAAGAGCUUGACUGAGUUCUCCCACAUCUUCAUAGACGAGGUCCAUGAGAGAACAGAGGACCUGGACUUCUUGCUCCUGGUGGUGCGGAAGCUGCUCCACACAAACUCUCGCUAUGUGAAGGUCAUCCUCAUGUCCGCCACCAUCAACUGCAAGGAGUUCGCCAGAUACUUUGGCACGCCCAUCCGCAACCAGAUGAACCCGGCCUACGUGUUUGAGGUGGAGGGAGCGCCGUACACCGUGGAGGAGUUCUACCUGGACGACAUUCAGAGCCAGCUGCCAUACCGGGUGGAAGCCCCUCACGCUGACGACCCCUACAUCACCCCGGAGAUGUACAACGUGGCCGUCAGCCUCAUCCAGAGCUUUGAUGAGCUGGAGGCCAAAGAUCAGAGCACCAGGACGGAGAAGGAAGGCUGCUCAGGUCUGCCCGACCGCGGGAGCGUGCUGGUGUUCCUGCCCGGCCUGGCGGAGAUCCACUACAUACAGGACGCCCUGGCCAAGCUGGUCCGCAAGAGGUUGCAGGUGUACCCGCUGCACUCUUCAGUCACCUUGGAAGAGCAGAACGGGGUGUUUCUAGUGCCUGUCCCAGGAUACAGGAAGAUCAUCCUCUCCACCAACAUCGCUGAGAGCUCAGUGACUGUUCCUGAUGUGAAGUACGUGAUUGAUUUCUGUUUGGCCCGACAUCUCGUCUGUGACAAAGAAACAAAUUACCAGUGCCUGCAGCUCACCUGGGCCUCCAAGACCAACUGUAACCAGCGCCGAGGUCGUGCCGGACGAGUGUCCAAGGGCUACUGCUACCGGCUGGUGACUAAGGAGUUCUGGAGGAGCGAGAUCCCAGACUUUGUUAUUCCUGAAAUGCUGCGCUCCCCCCUGGCCGCCAUCAUGCUGAAGGUGAAGCUGCUGGACAUGGGGGACCCCCGCUCUGUGCUGUCCAUGGCCCUGUCCCCCCCGAACAUCAGCGAGAUCGAGAGGACCGUGCUGCAGCUCAAAGAGCUGGGCGCUCUGUCAGCGAAGCAGGACGGACGGGAGCAGAGGCGUUUCGACGGAGAGCUGACCUUCCUGGGCCGGGUGCUGGCCCACCUGCCCGUCGACCUGCACCUGGGCAAGAUGAUCGUGCUCGGGCACGUCUUCGGCUGCCUGGAGGAGUGCCUCAUCAUCGCUGCCUCUCUGUCUUUGAAGAGCUUCUUCUCCAUGCCAGCACUGCAGCGGCUAGCAGGCUAUCGGAGCAAGCUGUCAUUCGCAAAUGGCGUACCGAGCGACUCCAUCGCAUUCGUCAACGCCUUUAAGGCUUGGUACACUUCGAGGAGCAAAGGAGAGCUGAGACAUCCAAAGGACGAGCUGGAGUGGGGAAAGGAGAACUGCAUUCAGAUCAAGAGGAUCAGAGAGGUGGCCGAGCUGUUCGAGGACCUGAAGAAGCGCGUGUCCCAGUUCAACAUGAACGUGCGUGAGAACCCGCCCCCGAUGGACUACAGCGGCCUCCAUAAGCAGAGGUUCAUCCUGCAAAUCGCGAUCGCUGGAGCUUUUUACCCCAACUACUUCUCCCUGGGGGAGAUGGAUGAAGAACUGGCCUCCAAAGAACUGUCUGGCAAUGACCCAAAAACAACAGUCAUGGUAAGGAACAUCCCUCCUUACGGGUUCCUGUACUACAAGCAGCUGCAGUCCCUCUUCCGGCAGUGCGGCCAGGUCAAGGCCAUCUCCUUCGACGGCUCCAGGGCGUACGUGGAGUUCCACAGGAGCUCCUCGAAGACGUCGGGCGUGCUCCCCGAGGUGUCCCUGGCCCUGCUGCUGGCUCACCAGCGCCUCCCGCUGGACCUGUUUGUGCACCCCACCGACGAGGUGGAGACCAAGGCCGGCGGCAGGACCAUUUCUCCACUCAGAUACGCGCGGGUGAACGUGGACUUCCAGAACCACUCUGUGUACCCCGUGGGCGUCCUGAGCAGCACCGUCGACCCGGAGAAGCUGCCCUCCAAUCCCGUCUUCAUCGUCAACAUCACAGAGGUGGUGGAGGUGGCCCACUUCUGGGGCUUUCAGGCGGACGAGGCCAGUCUGGAGAAGCAGCGGCGGCUGACGGCGGAGAUCAACGCUCGCGAGCUGAGGCCCGUCUCCGUAUCCCUGUACCCCAACCUGCUGUGCCUGGCGCCCUUUGAGUCCGAGGAGACGGGCCAGUACUUCCGGGCCAAGGUCCUGCACGUGUGGGGCAGCACCGUGGAGGUGUUCUUUGUAGAUUAUGGCAACACCACACAGGUGAGCUGCAGCAGCCUGAGAGACCUGCCCCCUGACCUGCUGACCCCCAGCUUCCAGGCCCAGGAGUUCCAGAUCGCGGGGAUCCGGCCCUCGGCCCAGUCCAUGGUCCUGGGCGACCAGUGGAGCUGCGCGGCGCGGAACCGCUUCAUCACGCUGGUGAACAGGCGCUCCCUCAUCGUCUCGCUCUUCUCCAUCCUGCACGGCGUCAUGCGCGUCCACCUGCUCGUCAGCACCGACACCAUCAACUGCAGCGUGGCCGACAUCAUGGUGGAGGAGGGCCACGCCCAGAAGGUCGAGGAGAGCUUCGAGUCUAAGCAGAACCAUGAGGUGCUGCUGUCCCUGUACAAGGACCUGGAGGAGGGCACGUUCGUCCCCAACAGCACCAGCGGCUCCUGGAAGACCCGCAAGGCGGAGGAGAAGCAGCUGAUCGACAGCCUGCUGGAGACCUUCUCCAAAACGAGCCAGGCCUCGCCCAAGUGCAGGGUUCCAGUACACGGCCCAGCCAGCCCUCACAAAGUCAGCUUCCACAGCAUGAGUUCUGUCACACAGUACAGGUGUGUGGCUAUAGACCGGGACAGCAUCAACUGUGUGGCCGUAAAUGACAUUCCUGAGGACAAACACCUGAGGAUGCUGGUGGCCGGGUCUGUGUCUCUCAGUUCCUCAGGCAACCACAUCCUGCUGAAGGAGACCACCAUCAUGCCCAACAUCCACGGCCUGCCUGCCCUCCUCUGCAUGCUCUUCACCCCCAUCAUGGAGCUCCGCACCAAUGAGGAGAGGACCUGCUUCACCGGCGCCCUCUGUGGGCUGGGCUGGAACCCUCUCACCCAGGAGAGCAUCCUCCCCGAGCACGACAUAGAGCUGGCCUUCGAUGUGAAGUUCGACGUGGAAGACAUCACUGAAAUUAACGCUCUGCGUGGGGCCAUCAACCGCCUGGCGUGUGAGGGUCCGAACGGGCCGCUUCACCUGGGGCCCGACAGGGUGAACCAACUGCAGGAGAACAUCCGCGACAGAAUCAUCAGGUUAUUCACAAAGUCACCACCAAGAGAGGACGUCCUUCCUCAUUACUACGAGAAGCCCAAGAAGUGGAACCAGGUUGAUCCCAGCCAGAAGAUGGAGCUGGUGCAGAAAGACGAGCGGCUCAGCAGAGGAGUCCUGUUCCAGCUGCACCCCGUCACCCUGCUCAACAUGUGAGCAGGGUGUUACUGUUUCCUCUUCCCUUGCUGUUUCCUGUUCCUGUUCGCUUGCUGUUUCCUGUUGGCUUGCUGUUUCCCGUUUCCGGUUCCUACUGCACUGUGCAUUUAUUGCGAGGCUCACAGGGAGGCCUGCUUUUCUGUUGUUAUCCAGUGUUUUCAGUACCCACUGUAAAGCUGGGGCUUAAUUUAUCUCCCUCGGUUAUGUUCAGAUGAAUCUCUCCCCCGUCGGCUUACGUUAUAACCACUAGGGGGCAGUUUUGAUUAUCAAAAAUAAAGCACUGGCAUUUCAGUAGUGUGUUUCUCUCUU